AACUCCAGCUCUAGCUGCAGCAAAUCAAAGCCAGCAUUGACAGGCACUUAGCUAAGUACGUAGCUAUAUAGCUUCUCCUGCUUGUUCAUAAUAAGCAAAUAAUUAACAAUGCAAGGCCGGAUGGUGACAUGGUCCAUGGCGUCUGUGAUCGUCGCCGCGGCCUGCAUCUUCCUCAGCUGCUCUGCGAGCGUCGCCCAUGGAAGGAGAUUCGUCAGGAGUAGUAGCUACGACAAGCCGUGCAAGGAGAUGAGGCUCUACCUCCACGACAUCCUCUACGACUACAGCAACAGCACCUCCAACUCCACGUCGGCGGCGGCCACCAAGCCGACGGCGCUGGCCACCGCCGUGCCGUCGACCGGCGGCACCUUCUUCGGGCAGGUGGUGGUGUUCAACGACCCGAUGACGGAGGGGAGGGCGCUGCCGCCGUCGCUGGAGGAGACGGCGGUGCGCGCGCAGGGGGUCUACCUCUACAACAGCAAGGAGGCGUUCAACGCGUGGUUCGCCUUCUCCAUCGUGUUCAACUCCACGGGGCGCCGCGGCACGCUCAACCUCAUGGGCGCCGACAUCAUCGCCGAGAAGACGAGGGACAUCUCCGUCGUGGGCGGCACCGGCGACUUCUUCAUGUCCCGCGGCGUCGCCACCCUCCGCACCGACGCCUUCGAGGGCUUCACCUACUUCCGGCUGCAGAUGGACAUCAAGCUCUACGAAUGCUACGUCGUCUGAUUACGUUGCUCUGAAUUCUGAUAGAUGGUAAUUAACAUAUAAUACUGCUAUACACGGUGUGAUGCGUGAUUUAUUUCCAUCGCGAAAUAUACUUGUUUGCUUGACGAGUUAUAUGCACCGAUGAAUGUGCAAAAUGUAUCCCAACUUUGUUUAUUUUCAUUCAAUAAAGAUGAAGUUUGCUCUA